GAACCUUUAUAUGAUUUUAUAAAAAAAUAUGUACUUUUGGAUCUCCAAUAGGCCUCCCGCAGCUCUGAUGAAAUUGUUUCACAUCAAUGUUCUAGUUCUUCAAAUAGUUGUUAAAAUGAGUAUAAAUUAGAUAUUUUUUGGUCAGAUUUUUGGUGUUAGGUUUAAAUAUAGUGGAAGGCAAUCAAUUUUGAAUUGACAUUUUUUUUUAUAAAUAUGACUUUGUAUGGACUCUAAAAAGUUUAAAGCAAACAACCUGUCAGAGCAAUUAACGGAUACAAUUGCGCAAAGCGAAGAUACUCAACAUGCCCAGGGCAUUUCUGGUGAAGAAGUCAUGUUUGGGAUCAGGAAAGAGAAACUGGGGAGAAGUAUCGGAUGAAGAUAGAGGAGACAUGUUCAUACCAGUGACAGUGGGGUAUGUGUCUCCGGUAGAACCACCUUCACAUGACCACGAGGAAGCUCUUGAUCUGUCAUUACAUCAUCUACGCUGUGCAACAGGGACCCCUUCAUACCAUGUGACAGAUCGCGGGAAGGUCCAGGGCCAUGCAGUUCAGGACCAAGACCAGUCUCUUCAGGCUGAACAAAGGAUGCUGUUCCGUUGUGCUCUCUGUGACAAGACCUUCUCCUACCAGAGGAUGCUAAACCGCCACAUGAAAUGUCACAACGAGGUCAAAAGACAUCAGUGUGAACACUGCGGGAAAGGAUUCAAUGACACCUUUGACCUAAAGAGGCAUGUGCGCACUCAUACAGGUGUUCGUCCGUACAAAUGCCAUCUCUGUGACAAAGCUUUCACUCAGCGCUGCUCACUUGAGUCCCAUUUGAAGAAGAUACAUGGAGUACAGCAGCACUACGCCUAUAAAGAGCGGAGAACCAAGCUUUAUGUGUGUGAGGACUGUGGGUUUACUGCUGACAGCCAAGAGAGCCACAUCCAUCAUCUUCAAGACCAGCACCCUAACAGUCCCCUAAUUCAGCGUGCUACCAAAAAACUGACUGCUGCCCUGCAGAGCACCGUCAGCUCCCUGCUACAAGGUGGACAUCUCAUCUGACACUGGUUU